UUGACUAUGAUAUUAAGAUUCAUUAUAUUUGCUCGGACUGACACCAUCCUUAAAGUGUUUUUUAUCUGAAUUUUUGCAAGUUAUCCGAGUAAAACCCUUCGAGGGUGCCAAUGUCGAAAUUCGUCGAGACGAAUGAGAACGUUUGAGAUAUCGUCGAGGUGAUCGGUUGCGUGUAUUGCGUAAGAAUGUGACUGCGGGGCAUACGCAUACGACGGGAAGAUCAGAUGAGGGUGUAGGAAGAGAGAAAAACGCAAGAGAUGAGAUCAUCUCUCCUCUCUGGCCGCGCGUUCCGCUCGGCGCGGCGCGGCACCGCGCCGCAAUGUGCCUCGCGAACGCAGUCUGUACCGGUCCAGCGACCGAUUUGGAGGGCUGUUCUUUUCUCAAUCUUUCUUGCUGAAGAAGAGAAGGACAGAAGCGGUUUGCGAAGAAAGCCAACGCGAGGGAUCGCAAUGUCGAUGAAGUUGCAGCUGCUGUUGGUCGCGUUGCUGGUGGCGGUUCUAAUAGUGGACGUGUCAUCUGCUCAGCGCAGACGAAAAUAUCGGCGUCGCACGACCACGACAGAGGCACCCGUGCAAGAUGAGAUCAUGAACAUGCUGGAAGCUGACGAAAUAGCCGAGGAGGCGGCGACGGCGGAGGAGGCUGAGGUCAUUCUUGAAAAUGGCAGAAACGAGGUUGGAUCGAAGCAGCAGCGUUUGCUCCAGGAUCCGUGCAUGGACAAGCAUUGCGGCGCUGGUCGUGUUUGCAAGAGUACGGAGGAGGGCACGGCCGAGUGCGUUUGCGUGGAGCUUUGCAACCAGGAGGUCGAUCCGCGUCGCAAAGUCUGCAACAACUACAAUGAAACCUUCGGCAGUGACUGUGAGGUCUACCAAGCGCGUUGCUUCUGCGACACUGAUGACGCCAGGUGCAGAGGUCCCGACUAUCAACAUGUCCACAUCGUAUACUAUGGCGAGUGCCGACAGAUGCCUAUGUGUAAGGAAGAGGACAUGGCCGACUUUCCCAGGCGAAUGCGCGACUGGCUGUUCAACAUCAUGCGUGAUUUGGCAGACCGUCAAGAGUUGUCAUCGCAUUAUCUGAAGAUGCAGCGCGAAGCUGAGACCAAUCACACUUUACGCUGGACGAACGCAGCUAUCUGGAAGUGGUGCGACCUGGACGGCCACCCACAUGACCGAUCGGUAUCUAGGCACGAGCUCUUCCCGAUUAAGGCGCCCUUGAUGGCCCUCGAACACUGCAUCGCGCCCUUCCUCGAUUCCUGUGACAUCAAUAAUGAUCACAAAAUCACGCUGGUUGAAUGGGGCAAAUGCCUGCAACUUGACGAGGACGACAUAGAAGACAAAUGUGACGAGCUAGCGGAGGCAAACCAGGAGCAAUACUAGAGAAUUCAAGCCGGGAUCUGAAGCUGACUUCGCCGUACCGUUGUGAUAGCAAAACUAUCGUUUAAGCUAUUACCUAUUGUUAAAAAAUUUUUUGCGAGAGAUAUACUCUCUUUCAAUUAGAUCUUGAAAAUUUGAAUCACAUGAUAUCUUGCUGCCGCAACGUACUGCGCUUGAAAAGUUCAGAAAAGUCAGCAUAAGAAGGACAACAUUAGCGCGAGCGACGCGGGACGGACGCGAGGCGAGCACAAUAGCGGACGGUGCGGCGCGACGAGCGGGAUUCGGGAACAGUCGGGGUGGACGCGAAGCGAAGGACGCAGGUGACGCGCAGGGCGGGGUAGGGCAGAGGAACGGAGAGUCGGCGAGAGACGGCGGCUGGG